AUGAAUGGCUCGUGCUAUUCUUAUCGAGGAGUUGUCCUUCCCUCAAGUCGCCCAGUUUUCCGUUGGUAUCAAAAGCCACCUCGACGGUUGAAUGUGGCCAUCAGAACCGCCGUGACUUCUACCACCGACGACACUCACGUCUUUCAAUAUCAGCCUAUUGAGGAUGUUGAAAAGCUAGAGAGGUACAGAAGAGGAGGGUAUCAUCCAAUAUACGUCGGGGGCAUGCUGAAUAAUCGAUACAAUGUGAUAGACAAGCUGGGACAUGGGACGUUCUCUACAAUUUGGCUUUCACGAGAUGAGCAAAAGGCAGCCUGCGUAGUCGUCAAGGUCAGCGCUGGAGAUGAUCCCAUUCACGAAGCGAAGAUAUUGCGUAUGCUUACAGAUUGCUGCCUGGCUCAUACCAACGGUCGUCCCUUGAUCCCCGUCAUCCUGGACGGAUUCGAAAUCGAGGGCCCAGAUGGGAAUCGUCAAUGCAUUGUCACAAUUUAUGCUCAAGGCUAUGUUCAUGGAGGGACAAGCUUUCAAUCGAGGAUUUCUAUGAACAGUUUAGGAAAUCGAGUAAACGACAUCCCGCCGGAUGAGGCCCAGCUCCUCAGCGACUUUGGUGAGAGCUUCUCCCCUUCCGACCCUGAGCAGCGGCGACGAGGGCAGGACUGUCCCUCGCCGCUUCCAGUCGUACCGCCUGAAGCCUACUGUGAACCCGACAACCUCUUUCAUUCCCCUCGGAUAUCUGGAGUCUUGCAUGUGCCAUGA